AAUGUGUCAAGGUUUUUGUUUUACAUGGACUCAAACAAACCAUCGCUGGAUUUUGUAAAUAACUUGGAAAAAAGCAGAUCAUUUUUUACCAAGCUUGCAGACAUCGGACAGAAGAAGCAAACCAUUGCCAACUACAUGAAGAAUUUGAAGAGAUUUAUUCGCUACAACAUCACCACUACAAGCCUUAUUCAGACAGACAGAGCCGUGUUUGAGCAAUGCAAGCAUUUCCUCCUAUGCUUGAAUGAACUGCAGAAGUCCAUGAGCAAGCAGGUGACUCAGGAAACUAGUGGGAAAAGAUACAUACAGAUGGUGUCAGUUGCGAAGACACCAAAAGAAUGUUGGGAAAUUUUGAGGGUGGCGAAGAACGAAUUUCUGUGUAUCAUUGGGAAGGCCAUGAAUGAAGAAUCCUUGCUGGAAACUGAACAACUGCAUGUUCUGUACUACCUUGAGUCUCUGCUCAUGCUCAAACAUCUCCAAAGGGCUGGAGUGAUCAAACAUUUGACCCUGAGCGAAUGGCUCUCAAGGAGCGCGUGCAAGUUGCCAGAUGGUGAGAAUUGGACUGUCGUCGGUGUUAAGAUGCACGAAACAGCAACGCAGGAAGUUGCAACCAUUUUGUUAGAUGAGGAGGAACAUGCAUGGUUCGAUGUGUACUACCGACAUGUUCGACCAGCUUUUCUUAAAAACUCUGAUGACAUGCAAGAAGAUGAGAGAUUCUUCAUUUCCACAACCGGGAAACCCAUCUACAACCCAUCCAAUGACCUACAAAGGUUUCAUGCCAAAUACAACUUGCCCAACAUCACGAGCCAGGUAGCAAGAAAAGUUUUUGAGACAAAUACCAAAGCCAGCUUCACAGACCAAGAGAUGUCCCUUGUUGCUGACUACUUGGCCCAUACAACUGCUACAACUAAAAAGCAUUACUGCUUGAAGACAACAGUCAAUGCCUGCAUGGAAAUGAAGCUGAUCUCCAAAGUUGCCAUGUCCAUUGAAUCUGAUAGUGAGACUGCAGGCCCCUCCUGUGCAAGCACAAGGAGAAAAGGAGCAUUGUCCAGCAGCAAAAAGUUGGAUGAGGCACAGACCUUGAAACUCUUCUAUGAACACUUCCCUGUCACAAUUGAUGGACAAUCAAUCAAGACGAAGGACAGACGACUGAUUGCAGGAACGUAUGAGAGAUACUGCUAUGACAAGUGGAGAAGCCAGCAAGAGAAAAUGAGACGUGAUUAUGUGAUCGCGCACUUCCCCAGAAGACAGCCCACUGCAAGUCAAGUAGAGAGAUACAUUGAAAGGCAGAACUGGGAGAAGAACAAAGUGAAAGUGGAGAAUGUCCUUUGUUACUGGCAACCUUCAAUUAACACUGACACACCAAAAGACAACAAGGCAAUUAAGAAGCUGGUGAAGUCACAGAAGUGGAAAGGACUGUACAUUGCCACUGACCCUGAUAAAGGAAAAAAGGUCAUGACGACACGUCCAUUUGCUAAAGGGGAAGUUGUCUGUGACUACCACGGUCUCCCACUCUCAGGGAAGCAGGGGAAAGAAUUGUUGGAAGCAACAGAUAAUGACGAGAUGGGGUUCAUUUACUUCUACAAGGAAUCGUCAGGGAAAACGUACUGUAUAGAUGCAAAGACUGUGCCCUGCCCUUGCCACCCAGAGAUGGACACAAUUGGACGUAGGAUAAAUCAUUCCAGAAAGAGAAGCAACAUAAAGGGUCAGCUUCAGCAAUUAGAAGAGGAUGGCAACGUGUGGAACAUCAUCCUUUUCAUUGCCCUACGAGACAUUCAGGUGCAACAAGAACUGUUAUUUGACUAUGGGGUGUCAAGAAAAUCUUUUGUUGGAGAAGGAGAAGAUUUGGAAUGGCUUGACAACUAGGUCCGUCAGAUGGGUCUCAAAACAACUCCCCUUGGGUGGUGCUGUGGCGGAGAUAAGAGAGUGACCUUUGGAAGUGACCUUUGGAUCUUCCCAGCCUGUCAACAUUUUGUUUUCUUCUGUUAUACAUAUUGAAAGAGAAUGUGCAAUAUUAAAUAAUAGAUCAUCACACACACACACAAACAUGGCUUCAUCGUUGUUCAGUUUAUUCAUAGUUUCUCACCAUUUUUAAUUAUCGCAUAUGAUCAUAGUUUGAAUAUAGUUGGCCAUAGUUUCUAAUCAUAGUUUCUAAAUGUACUUUCUAAUUGUAUUUUCUAGUCUGAGAAGUUUUGGUACAAUAAUAAAGUCAAAUGCAACCGAA